CUCGCCCCUAAAAGCCCCAAACAGGCAGGGCUAAUGGAAGAGGGAAGUUAGGGACGCCCCAACCUCGGAGACGCUGCGCCGUGCAGCCGGCCCUAGAGCCGCUCUCACGACAGCUGCCUCGUCCAACCGGGGGAGGUCGCGGCCGCCGAGCGAUGGCCCGCCGCAGCCGGGACGGGCGCCCCGGGCUGUCCGCGCCGCCGACCCCGCCGCUGCUGCCGCUGCUGCCGCUGCUGCUGCUGUUGGCCGCCGCGGUGUCGCCGAGCCUGGCAGGAGUCCACUAUGCAACUGUGUACUGGAUGCCUGCUGAAAAGACAGUACAAGUCAAAAACGUACUGGACAGGAAUGGGGACGCCUAUGGCUUUUACAAUGACUCUGUGAAAACCACAGGCUGGGGCGUCCUGGAAAUCAGAGCGGGGUAUGGUUCUCAGGCCCUGAGCAAUGAGAUCAUCAUGUUUGUGGCUGGCUUUUUGGAGGGUUACCUCACUGCCCCACACAUGUAUGACCACUUCGUUAACCUCUACCCACAGCUGAUUAAGAAACCUUCCAUCGUGGAUAAAGUGCAAGAUUUUAUAGAGAAGCAAGAUCAGUGGACCCGGAAAAACAUCAAAUAUUACAAGGAUGACCCAUUUUGGAGACAUACAGGCUAUGUUGUGACACAAAUGGAUGGAUUGUAUGUAGGAGCCAUGAAGAGGGCUAUGUUAGAAAAGACAAAGCCUAUGACCCUGUUCCAGAUUCAGUUCCUGAAUGCCAUUGGAGAUCUGUUGGAUCUGAUUCCCUCAGUUUCUCCCACAACAAAUUCCAGCUUGAAGGUUUUUAAGAGAUGGGAUAUGGGACAUUGCUCUGCCCUUAUUAAGGUUCUUCCUGGAUUUGAGAACGUCUUUUUUGCUCACUCAAGCUGGUACACGUAUGCAGCCAUGCUCAGGAUAUAUAAACACUGGGACUUCAACAUCAAUGAUAAAGACACGAGCAGUAGUCGCCUCUCUUUCAGCAGUUACCCAGGAUUUUUGGAGUCUCUGGAUGACUUUUACAUUCUUAGCAGUGGCUUGAUAUUGCUACAGACCACAAAUAGUGUGUAUAAUAAAACCCUACUGAAGCUUGUGGUACCCCAGUCUCUCCUGGCGUGGCAAAGGGUCCGUGUGGCCAAUAUGAUGGCAAAUGGUGGCAGGCAGUGGGCAGAGAUCUUUUCAAAGUACAACUCUGGCACCUACAACAAUCAAUACAUGGUCCUGGACCUGAAGAAGAUAAAGCCGAAGUACAGCCUUGACAGCGACACUCUGUAUAUUGUGGAGCAAAUUCCUACAUAUGUAGAAUAUUCUGACCAAACUAAUGUUCUACGGAAAGGAUAUUGGCCCUCCUACAACAUUCCUUUCCAUGAAAAGAUCUACAACUGGAGUGGCUAUCCAAUGUUAGUUCAGAAGCUGGGUUUGGAGUACUCCUAUGAUAUGGCUUCACGAGCCAAAAUCUUCCGGCGUGACCAAGGGAAAGUGACUGAUAUGGCAUCCAUGAAAUAUAUCAUGCGAUACAACAAUUAUAAGAAGGAUCCUUACAGUAAGGGCGAUCCCUGCAAUACCAUCUGCUGCCGUGAGGACCUGAACUCACUUAACCCAAGUCCUGGAGGUUGCUAUGACACGAAGGUGGCCGAUAUCUACCUAGCAUCAGCGUACACAGCCCAUGCCAUCAGUGGUCCCACAGUACAAGAUGGCCUCCCUGUUUUUCACUGGAACCGUUUCAACAAAACUCUCCACCAGGGCAUGCCAGAGACCUACAACUUUGAUUUUAUUAUCAUGAAACCAAUUUUGAAACAGGACAUAAAAUGAAGGAGGGAUUUGAGGGAAUAGAAGGGAAUAGAAGGUCGCAAAUAAGAUUCCAAAGGCACUAUUUUAGCUAUGUCUUUUCCAUUCAGAAUUAAUCUUAAUAAAAUAUAUUAAAUUCA